AUGAGAACUUCAUCUCCAAAUCUGAAGAUAUUUGACAAAGCUAUGAUCAAUUAAAAUAUGAACAUGUUUACAUUCACAAAAGAGGAAGGUAAUUUCGCUGACUUGGCAAAGAUUGAUUACCUUUUGUUGAUUUUGGCCAGAUGA